AUGGCGCCAGAGAUGCCAGAGUCAGGUACCGAGAAAGGCGUUGAGCCUCGGGAGCUCUCGCUGACAGAAAGUGGUGACUCACACGUGCCAUUGCUGUCGGCUGAUCCCGAAAAAGCCAAAGAGGAAGAUACCGAGGAUGAGAAGAGCCGCGAACUGCGGCUCAACGAAGAUAUUCGUGUUCGCCCAAACCUGGUGUCAAACCUUUGUUAUGCGUUUGCAUUUUUUCUGGGUCUAUGCAUUGCAAUGUUCAUCUUUGCCAGAGAUCCGCAUAUGGGAAGCACUCUGGCUGAAAAGACGCCGGGUUUCCUUCAUGCCGCAGCGCAUGAAGUGCAACGCAGGAGUAGCUGGAUGGUGAGACAAAGCAAAAAACUCAUGGGUGUGCAGAAACCCUUCCUGUGGAUGGUUUGGGCGGAGGAAAGCUCCUUGGAAUCGGAAGAAUUUCUUCGGCGAUGUGUCGAUCGGUGGCACAGCUUUCUCAGCUCUGACUUCGAGGUUCACCUGGUGGAGGCAAAACACUUCGAUCUGUGGCUUAACUCGUCUGCUCUGCCACAGAACUUUGGAGAUCUCCCAUCCAAGGUGCAGGAGGAUAUCUUAAAGGUGGCUCUACUGGCACAUUUUGGAGGUGUGUUGGUGGAUGUGGAUUCCAUUCCCAUCCAACAAGAUAGCAUGAUGCAGAUCUGGACGAGCCUCCAGGAUAGUGAUGCACAGGCACUGGGAACUUAUUCCUAUCACCAGGAAUGCCAGUGGAGUCUAGGCAUGUGGUUCUUGGCCGCCAAGAAGGGCAGUGCCUUUAUGAAGCACUGGUUGAAGCUGCUUCUGGAGGAAAUAGGUGAUGGUAAAAAAAUCUUGGGAUCGCAUCCUGAAAUGCUCUACAUGGCGAAGUCCUUGUUUACCAAAGACAAAUCCUUUCAAUGCGAGGAGCUUCCGCCGGGCAUGGCCUGGCUGUUGCAAUAUCAAGCAGAGGAGGACCAGACCAAGGACGGAGCUUCUCCCAUCCUCCGCGCCAGAUCCCGUUGUGCCUCCGACCUGGUGACGGCCGAUUCCCGGAAAAAGGCGAAAAAGGAGGAGGUUCACGACCUGAUGGAGCUGGAACAUUCCAAAAGGCCCUUGGUGCAAGAUCCCACUGGCUGGUUGGAGGAAUGGAAUUCUGAGCUGGGCAAAGAGGCUGAAGGUUGUUACCUGGAUCUCAGGUACGGCUUCGAGGAUCUGCGUGGGGAAGGGGCUGCCUUGACGGUGCCCUCGCCCGAAGCCGUCCCCGCCUUUGACGUCGAAGGCCGGCUCCAAAUUAAGCAGCUGGUGCCGGAGAGGUUGAUUUCGGAAUCCGCCCAAUUGACGGUGCCGAACAGGGGUGCGUGGAUCUUUGAAUAUGGUUUGGUCAAAUCAGGUCUUGCUGACUUUGUGAUGGAAUUGGGAAUUGGCGACAGGAAUUCCAGCUCUUUGGAGAUCUUGACACCCUACUUUCGAGAUCGGGAAUUUCUGUCGUCAUGGAUGUGGAUAAUGGUGAAUGCCAUCAAGGGUAGCAAGAAGUCGCAAGAUCAGGUGCUGCAGUCCUUUCUGCCGAGAACUUCGCUUCGCAGCGACUGCCGCCCUGGCCUGGCGCUGUUGGCGCAGCUGGCCUCGCAGGCUGUGGUGGGCUUCACCUUGGAGGAGGUCAAAGGUAGAGCCUUCAGGUCCUAUGAGGUCUCCUUGGUGCACCAUGCCUAUCAGGUGAGUUUGGGGUUCAAUGGCAUCGCCACUGAGUUGGGCUUGGAAUGCGACUGCAGCGACUCCCACUGGUUCUUGUCACCAAAGGAUUUCCUGCAGUUCCGCGCCGAAUGGGUGCCUUAUUUGGAUCGAUUCAGUGCUGCUGUGCACAACUCGGAGUUGCCGCACUUUGAGAGAACUCGACAGCUGAGUCACCGGCAAAAGCUGUUGUUGGGAAACCAAUGCCCAAAAGAAGCAGAUUUGGAACCAAAAGUUCCCAAAGCAUUGCCACGGUUGAUUUCGGAAUCCGCCCAAUUGACGGUGCCGAACAGGGGUGCGUGGAUCUUUGAAUAUGGUUUGGUCAAAUCAGGUCUUGCUGACUUUGUGAUGGAAUUGGGAAUUGGCGACAGGAAUUCCAGCUCUUUGGAGAUCUUGACACCCUACUUUCGAGAUCGGGAAUUUCUGUCGUCAUGGAUGUGGAUAAUGGUGAAUGCCAUCAAGGGUAGCAAGAAGUCGCAAGAUCAGGUGCUGCAGUCCUUUCUGCCGAGAACUUCGCUUCGCAGCGACUGCCGCCCUGGCCUGGCGCUGUUGGCGCAGCUGGCCUCGCAGGCUGUGGUGGGCUUCACCUUGGAGGAGGUCAAAGGUAGAGCCUUCAGGUCCUAUGAGGUCUCCUUGGUGCACCAUGCCUAUCAGGUGAGUUUGGGGUUCAAUGGCAUCGCCACUGAGUUGGGCUUGGAAUGCGACUGCAGCGACUCCCACUGGUUCUUGUCACCAAAGGAUUUCCUGCAGUUCCGCGCCGAAUGGGUGCCUUAUUUGGAUCGAUUCAGUGCUGCUGUGCACAACUCGGAGUUGCCGCACUUUGAGAGAACUCGACAGCUGAGUCACCGGCAAAAGCUGUUGUUGGGAAACCAAUGCCCAAAAGAAGCAGAUUUGGAACCAAAAGUUCCCAAAGCAUUGCCACGGUUGCUUUGCGUUGUGCCAGCGUUGUGGCCUCGGGAUCUCAAAGACAUAACAGAAAUGGCAUUGACAUCGCUGGCGGACUGCGAUUUGUGCAUCUUCUUCGUGAGCUCUAAGGAUGCGCCCCAGCAGAUCCGGGGUUGCCAAGUGGUGGAUUUGUCCACAGAAGCAGAAGUGGGCUUGGAUCCAGCAGACAAACACACAGUGGUGGUGGAUAACGCCACGGGUCGUUCGGAGCCUCGUUUCAAUUCCAACAGCAAUCUCUUGGCCAAAGUGAGCCACAUGAUGCUGCAUGUGGCGGAAGUGCAACAGCCGCAGCAUCGCUUUGACUGGACCUGUUUGGUGGAAACGGAUGUCUACUUCGUGGCCGCCAACUUCCGUCGUUUGGUGUCCUUGUUGCAGCUCUCCCCCAAAGACAGCCAUUGGUUGGGACACGAGGUCCUUGCGAAUCAUUUGUACAACGGCAUCCAAAUCGAACCCAACAGCGGAAGUUGUUUGAGCGCCUUUGCCCUGCAACAACUGGGGCAAUUCUUCAGUUGGUUUGUCUUGAGACACCGCAGGCAGCUGCCGAUCCAUGAGCAUCCGUACUACUUUCAAUGGGAACGACCUCCGUUAAGUGGCGAAUGCAGACCAUUCGAUCCAAAUACCGGGCAGUCGUUUUACCAGACUGCUUUAAGUGCUUGCUUUCGAGCGGCAGGCGUUUAUCCUACAGAUCCUAGGAAUUUGGUCGACCUUCGUGGUAGACUGUAUUACCCCAAUGUUCCGGUGGAGAAACUUCCUGAUAUGCUCCGUCCUCCUGAAAGACCAAACUGCUGUUGGGGAGAAGCUCCAAAUUUGGACGGCGAUGACAACGACUUCGUUUUUGCAGGUUUGAACUAUCUGUUCUUGCGCUGUCGCGGGAAACAAAAGAUUUGGGCUGCUGACUAUCCAAUAGUCUUUCAUCCACACCUCUGCACCAACUGCAGUGCUAUGAUCGGUUUCAAGAAGACGACUCUGAGGCAGAAGGCUGUAUACCAACUGCUGACCAACCCGCACUACACCUGCAAAACGUGCAAAGGCUACAGACCUGGAUAUGAUCGAAGGUUUGCAAAGAGAAAGUCUGCACGACCAUGA